GAAGGUUUUUGCUUCUUUUGGGAGACCUGGCAGCUCUGGAGAACUGCUGGGGGCUCUCAGGUGUGAAUGCUGUGCUUGGGGGCCCAGCGGGGAUAAAACUGGCACCUCCUUCCUGGGACAAACACGUGUUGGCUGCUCCAGCUGCUGUGAUUCCAUCAGCUCCUGGAGGCAGCUGGCAUUGCCCUGCAGAGGCCACACAUGUGGCAUUUCCCAGGCCUGUCAGGCUGUGCCACGUUUGCUUACACGGAGCUUUAUAAAGAGGAGCUGCGGGAGCUUCCUCUGCUCCUUCCCAGGGUUUGGUCCGGACUCUCCCCCAGCGCAGCCCUCACUAUGGACACCCUCAAUGUCUCCAGCUUUUUUUUCCUGGUUGUUGGCAUGUGCCAGGUGCUCAGGUGGCUUUCCAAGAGGCUCCUGUCUCCCAGAGCAUAUGGCUGCCUUGCUAGAGAACUUGUUGGCUCGUUACAGCUGUGCAUGAGCUGCCUGGAGCUGAGGAUGCUGAUGGAGAUGCCCAUGGGGGGUGGCUUUGGCCUGGACAUGGUCUUGACUCUGCUCUUCCUUCUCUUCGCUGUUCAUGGUGCCUCUUUUGAUGGAGCAUCUGCCAACCCAACAGUCUCUGUCCAGGAGUUCCUGCUCGAGUCCAGCCUCCCAGCCACAGCUGCCAAGCUGCUGGCCCAGGGUGUGGGCACGGGGACAGGCUGGGCUGUCACCAAGCUCUUCUGGUCCUGGGAGCUGACACAGUUCCACUUCAUCCAGAGCCUGAUCUCAUCAGAGUGCAGCUCCUCCAUCCACACCUCCCUGCCCCAUGCUGCCCUCGGAGGCACCUGCUCUUUCCUGUUCCACCUCGUCCUCCUCAAGUCACGUCAGAGUCACCCCAUCUGCCGGGUCCCUGCGCUGGCAGCGACCGUCACCUUCCUGACCUACACAGCUGGAUCAUUCACAGGGGCCUUCUUCAACCCUGCCCUGGCCACAGCCACCACCUUCCACUGCACAGGGAACAGCUUCUGGGACUACAUCCAGGUUUACUGGCUGGGGCCCCUCGCAGGGAUGUUUGCUGCCCUCCUGCUCUACCAGGGCAACAUCCCACGGCUCUUCCAGAAAAACCUCCUCUACAGCCAGAAGAGCAAAUACAAGAUACCCAAGGUGAAGGUGACAGUGCACGAGGAGGGUGGACCGAAGAGGAAGAGGAAGGGGGGGAAGAGCAACUCCGAGCCUCGUGCCUGAGCCGUGGGGCAGAGGGGGCCCCGGCAGCCCCUCUCCUGGGAAAGGGUUUCCAGGCAUGGAAGAUUUUGCUGCUCAUCCUGCAUGUUCAGU